AAAAAUGUCUAGCUGCCGGUUUUGCACAGUAUAGGGAUGAAUUGCCAGAGAGAGAGAGAGAGAGAGAGAGACUGGGGGCAUUUAAUCUGAGCGUUACUUGCUGAAGCUUGGCAAGGUCUUCCCACGUUUCUGGUGGCUACUCUCUACCACUUUGUCUUGGUAUAAGAAGAAUUUACUCCCUAUUAUAUGUUCAGUUUUAGCUCUGCAUUGUGGAAAUUUACAAAAGGAGGAUGGCAAUUAUCCUUGCAGCAAAUAUGUGUUCCAUUACAAAUUCCAAAACAGUUGAAGUGAUCAAAAGAUUUGAUAUUGAAGAUAAACUGCAAUCCAGAUCUAAUAUUGUACUGCCUCGCCUGGAAGCUUCAUCAAGUCGCAGGCAUCUCUUAAUCAGUGUUGGCCCUUCAUUGGUUACCUUAACAUGUGGUUUAUCACCAUCAAUGGUAUGGGCUGAAGAGAAGUCUGGUGACAAAGAGGAAGAAGAUAAAGGGGUUAUUGGGGCCAUCAAAUCCUUAUUUGAUCCUAAUGAGAAAACAAAGUCUGGAAAGGUGUUGCCAAAGGCUUACUUAAAGUCAGCAAGAGAAGUAGUGAAAACAAUGCGUGAAUCUUUAAACGAAGUCACUGAUGAUAAUGCUAAAUUUAGACGGACUGCAGACUCAGCAAAGGAGUCAAUUCGGGAGUAUUUGGGCAGUUGGAGGGGAAAUCAGACUGUUGCUCAAGAAGAAUCAUAUGUUAUUUUGGAAAAAGUAAUCAGAUCUUUGGCAAACUUUUACUCAAAGGCAGGGCCAUCAGCUCCACUGUCUCAGGAAGUAAAGUCUGAAAUAUUAGAUUAUCUAAAUACAGCUGAAGAAUUUUUGUAGAACAUCUUCCAAUGUGUUAUAAAAAAAAAACAACAUAUCUAACUCCCUGGAUGUCGUCAAUGGUUGUGAUAAAGUAAAUUUAUUCUUCAUUCAAUUUAAAUUUUGAUUCAAACUUGUUUUCUU